GCUUUGUCUCCUCUGCUUUCCUCUGUCUUGUCACUGAGUGUCACAAAUCUGUGUCAAUGGGCAGCUUCACUGUUUGGAUUGUAUGUACUUUAUAAAAUCACUAGGUUCUAUAUGAGAUGGAGGGAGCUGGUCACUGCAUUCCAACCUUUCCCGGGUCCUCCGUGUCACUGGCUGUAUGGAAACGCACACGAGUUCCUUAAAAUCGGAAAGGACUUGGACUAUGCUCUACAUUGGGCUCAGACAUACACGUAUGGAUUUCCAUUGUGGCUCGGCAAUUUCUACGCAUGGCUGGUAGUCACCCAUCCUGAUUAUGCUAAGGCUAUUCUGGCCAGGCAGGAUCCUAAAGAUGAUGCAGCCUAUAGGUUUAUUGUCCCAUGGAUUGGUGAAGGACUAUUGGUGUUAUCCGGGCCAAAGUGGUUCCAGCAUCGCAGGCUUCUGACUCCUGGAUUUCACUAUGAUGUCCUAAAGCCCUACGUUCGAUUAAUGGCUGACUGCACUAAGAUCAUGCUGGAUAAAUGGGAGCAGCUCAUCCCAGAUAAGAAGCCAGUUGAACUCUUCCAUCAUGUCAGCCUCAUGACUCUGGACACGAUCAUGAAAUGUGCCUUCAGUUAUCAGAGCAACUGCCAGACAGACAGAAGUGACAAUGACUACAUUAAAGCAGUUUAUCAGCUGUCCUACCAGGUCGAUCACAGGUUCCGUAACUUCAUCUAUCAUAAUGACUUCAUAUACUAUCUCAGCCCCCAGGGAUUACGCUUUCGAAAGGCACAAAGGAUAGCGCAUCAACAUACAGAUAAAGUAAUCAAACAGAGAAAAGAAUUGCUAAAAUGUGAGAAGGAGUUGAACAAAAUCAGCCAAAAAAGACAUCUUGAUUUUCUUGAUAUUCUCCUGUGUGCAAAGGAUGAGAACGGUCAAGGCUUGUCUGAUAAGGACCUGCGUGCUGAGGUGGACACGUUCAUGUUUGAGGGACAUGAUACAACAGCCAGCGGGAUCUCCUGGAUAUUCUACUGUAUGGCCAAAUACCCCGAACACCAAGAAAAAUGUCGGGAGGAAAUCAGAGAGUUACUGGGAGAUCGGGACACCAUGGAAUGGGACGACCUCGGAAAGAUACCCUACACAACUAUGUGCAUUAAGGAGAGUCUGCGUCUUUAUCCUCCUGUUCCUGGUAUUGCCAAGAAACUGAGUAAAUCAAUCACUUUCUGUGAUGGGAGGAGCCUUCCAGAAGGUUCACUGAUUAUCCUGAGCAUUUACUGUAUAAACAGAUCAACCAGUUGCUGGAAAGACCCUGAGGUGUUUGACCCACUACGGUUUUCUUCAGAGAAUUCAUCAGACAGACACCCCCAUGCCUUCCUUCCAUUUUCUGCUGGGGCACGGAAUUGCAUUGGACAAAACUUUGCAAUGAAUGAAAUGAAGGUAGCCGUGGCUCUGACAUUACAGAGGUUUCAGCUGCUUCCGGAUCCAGAAAAUGAGCCAGUUAAAAUCCCUCAAAUCGUUCUUCGUUCUUUAAACGGGAUUCAUAUAAAUGUGAAGAAGAUCAAAAAAAACUGCAUGGACAAUACACCUGUAGAUGGUAGCGAAUAG